CCACACCUCAUCCCCCAGCUUCAGCGGCAGCACCAUGCCGCCUGACGCCUGGUCCUCAGAGCUCAUGUAACCGUCCUUGGUGUUCAGUAUUUUCACCCCAUUUUUGACCAAAGAUACCUGAACAUUCCUGGAGAAAACCGUGAUGUGGAUCUUAUCAAAUUUAAUGGGCACAUCUGAAGUAGGAAACUUGCUCAGUACUGUGAGCCCCACUGUGAAAGCACUCUUGGGCAAGACUGGAGUCUCGCCAAUUUUCCCUUUCUCGCCUCGGUCCCCUUUCCAGCCUCUCAUUCCCCGGACUCCUGGAUCUCCCUGGGGUCCCAAAGGCCCAGCAUCUCCCUUGGGGCCAGGCUUCCCAAUGGGGCCCACGGGGCCAGGUAGACCCAUUGGGCCCGAAGGCCCAGUGCUGCCCUUUAGCCCUUCUGGACCGGUGGGCCCCACACUGCCUUUAUCGCCCUUUUGCCCUUGAGGGCCAGUCUCUCCCCUGAGGCCUUUCUCUCCCAUGGGACCAACAAAUCCCUUUGGCCCAUGUUUCCCUGGCGGUC